GGGGUGGGCAUCGGGGGCCGGGCUAGGGAGCGGGCUGCCAGAGCUCUGCAGUCAGUGCGGGGCAGGCCGCCGUCCGCCCGCCCGCGGACCCUGCCAGGGCACACCAGAGCGGAGCCGAUCGGGGCCCGCAGCCAUCCGCCAAGAUGUGCGACUGCUUCCACCUGGUGCUUCCCAACUGGCCCGGAUCCCCUGCCAGUGUUUCUGGCAGGCAGCUGAGGCCAGAUGAUCCUGAUGCAGAAACAGAAGAAGACAACUCUGUGAAUGAAGUACCUAUUGAUGAAAUCAUCCGUCCUAGACCUCAGGGCUCCUCCCCAGUUUAUGAGUACUCCAUCGAUCAAGAACACUUCAUUAAAGGGGAAGAUACCCAAACUGGGCGAUUUUCCUUAGGAAGACGGAAAUCCAGGUGGAAACGUGACUCAGGUGAAUCCCAAAGCUUUUCUGGGAGGAGUCAAUCUGAGGAACCAAUGGAGGUCACUCUGCAGACAGAUGUGGAGGCUGGAGCCAGUGGCUACAGUGUCACUGGUGGUGGGAAGGAGGGAAUUUUUGUCAAGCAAGUACUGAAGGACUCUUCAGCCGCCAAGCUGUUCAGCAUGAGAGAAGGUGACCAGUUGCUGAGUGCAACUAUCUAUUUUGACAAUAUUAAAUAUGAGGAUGCCCUCAAGAUCCUACAGUACUCUGAACCAUAUAAGGUGCAGUUCAAUCUCAAACGAAAACUAGCAUCAAAAGACGAUACAGAAAAAGUUCAUCAUCCAGCCACAAGUGACAUUAGAGAAACAGACCAGCAGGGGGAAGAUCUGACAGAUGGAACAAUGGAGACUAUGGAAAAGAUGCUUGAAGAGGAAGAAGACAAAGAAAAGUUAAUAGUCAAAUCAAGGACAGGGAGGAGCCAGCGGCCAAAGAAAGAGAGAUUGUCAUGGCCCAAAUUCCAGGCAAAGAAAACCAAGAAGGUUGUGAGCCAUCGUCGAUCACAUAGCACGUCGGAUGCCUGUGAGGGCAGAGCACCUGACCUCUCCCCAACAAGCACAGAUACUGAAUUACAUUUCCCCAAAGAGGAGACACAUCUGAGAGAGAAGAAAGGCAGUGAGAGGAAGAGCAAAUUCCUGAAUAUUGGAUUUAGGAUGCACCGGAAGUUCGAAAUAGAUGACAAGACAUCAAAGUCAGGCAUGACAACAGCAGAAGCAAGAACUGGAACAGCAAAAGAUGGCGAAAGGAUCUCCUUGGAUCUACAGAAACCAGAAAUGGAAUCAGGCAGGCUGGAAUCUCAAAGUGCAACUAUAAUCCCAGAGCACUUGGAAAAUGAAGAAAACAGAUUGAAGCUACAACUCCAAGUUGAUCCUGGAACAAAGAAAGAGGAACAAUUGACAUCAGAAGCUAAAUCUAUGAGUGGGGCUGUGAUGGGGAUCCCAGCUUCUGUUUCUGGAACACUCACUGGGUCUCAUGUGUCAGUAAGAGGCAGGAGGAAAAAAUCAGAUGAUGUGACAGACACAGUUAGUGGAAGUAAACAUGGGUUACAGGCUGGAAAAGAAACAAGAGAAAAAUUAGAUGAUACUUCUUUUGGUGUUCGAGGGCUGGAAAUUGGAAUUGCCAAGUUAACACUUCAGGAAUCACAGGAAGACUUGGAGAAAGGCUAUGAAACACCAGAGAUUAGAGUGAAAAUACCAACUUUACAAACACCCAAGUUUGGGUUUUCCAAAGGAAAAGUGUCAGAGGCUAAAAUAAAUGUCUCUGAGCAUGAAAGGGAACAAUCUCUGGGGAAGGUUACAGUGAAUUGGGGGGAGAUGCUUAUGGAACACAUACCUGAAAGAAAUGUUCCUCCACUAGAUGUGACUGGAGCCGUUGGAAAGAUUUCUGUAGAGACUCCCGACUUAGAUCACACCGUCCCUAACAUACCUGAGAAAGGUGCAGUGAUAUCAGAUGGGAAGGCCCAGAUAUCAAGCAAGAAAAUGACCCAAAUGCCCAAAGCAGAUGUUAGCAGCCCCAAGAUGGAUAUUGUUAUUUCUAGUGCAGAUGUGUCCCAGCCCAAGGUUGAAACCCACGGUCCAGAAAUAGGAAAAGAUGGAUUGAAAAUGGAGGGAGAAAUCAAAAUGGGGGACAAGGACAUUGAGGGGAAGGACAGCAAGUUCAAAAUGCCCAAAUUUAAGAUUCCAUCAUUUGGAUGGUCUCCAAGCAAAGAAAAAAAGGGAUCAGGAGAGGUGUCUCUACCAAAAGAAGAGGUGGACAUCUCAAAAGCUUCACUAAAGAGAGAUGACAAAGGUGGAGAUCUGACUGUAUCACUCAUAUCGGCAGAAACUCCUAUUAGGGGUAUAGAUCUGAGUAUGAAAUCACAAAAGGGAGAAGCCACUGUAAAAGAUCAUAAAGAGAAGGAGGAAAUGAGAUUCAAAGAAUCCAAAGAUCAGAUGGAAAAUAUCCAAAUACUACAAACAUCUAAAGCAGACAUUGAAAAAACAAAAAUAGAUAUCAUCAUACCUAGGGUAGAUGUGUCUGUGCCCAAGGUCACAUUAAAUAAGGAAAAUGUUGAAGCAGAAGUGGAAAGAGAUGUUAAAGGAGAUGUAAGACUGAAAGAAAAGGAAAUUGAUCACAAAGAAAGUAAGUUUAGAAUUCCAAAAUUCUCCAUGCCAGGUUUUAGUUGGGGAAGUGGUAAGGAAAUUGGAUCAUCAGUGGAUAUAGAAACCAACAUUAAAGAGCCCAAGACAACUAUCCCAUCACACAGUAUGGACAAAGAACCGGGUCUGGUCUCAAAAGACAAAAAAGUUCCAAGUUUUGAUGUAAAUGUGCAGAUUGCUGGAGGUGAGAAAGUCAAAACAGAGUCAAAGACAGGAAAGAUACCAAGUAUAAAGGUGCUCAAAAAAGCAGAUAGUGAAGAAAAGAUGAUGAUAGAACGAGAUGUAGAAGGAAAAAAGCAAGAUGUGGAAAGUAUAGACAGAAACCUGAAAGGAAAAAUUGAGGGCAUUGCAGAAAUCUCGCAGAAAGAAAAGACAACAAUAAAAGGUAUAGAAAAGGAAAUUCAGAUAUCAGAGUUAGAAGUAGAAAUUGAAGAAAUGAAAGAAAAAACUAAAAGAGAGGGUGUAAAAGAACACAUGACAAAAUACAGUAUAAAAACAGCCAAAGGGGAUAUUAAAGGACCAAAAGUAAACAUAACAAUGCCUGAUAUAGAUGUAACCAUACCAAAAGCAAAAGAUAAUGGCAUAACCACUGAAGUCCAAGUUGAAAGAGUCAAAAUGGAAGACGACAUGAAAAUAGGAGACAAGGAGGUGGAGGUGAAGGACAGCAAGUUCAAGAUGCCCAAAUUUAAGAUGCCGUCCUUUGGUGGAGGCAAAGAGGGAGCAGCUUCGGUGGAGGUGUCCCUGCCAAAGGCAGAGGUGGAUGUUACCCUUCCUUCAGUUCAGGCCGGUGACCUGAGUGUGGAGGUGCCCACAGUGGAUGUGAACAUCAAAGGUCUAGACACUGAGGGCCAGUUGCCAGAGGGAGAAAUUCAGUUUGGUGACCUGAAGGGGAAGACGGGGAGUGUAGGUCUCAAAGGUCACUUACCCACAGUCCACAUGCCCAGCGUGAAAAUGCCACAAAUUCCCAAAGCAGACAUUAAGGGCACCAAAGUGGAUAUCACCAUGCCCAGUAUGGAAGUGUCCCUGCCCAAGGGCAAAGCUGACAUCAAGAGCCCCAAAGUCGAGGAAGAGGCAGUCAUGGUGGAAGGGAACAUUAAACUGGGAGACAAGGAAGUUGAGGGGAAGGACAGCAAGUUUAAGAUGCCUAAAUUUAAAAUGCCAUCCUUUGGUGGAGGCAAAGAGAAGGCAGCCUCAGUGGAUAUGUCCCUGCCAAAGACAGACGUGGAUGUGACUCUUCCUUCUGUCCAGGCCGGCGAAUUGAGUGUAGAAGUUUCAUCAGCAGAAGUGGACAUCAAAGGGCUAGACAUUGAGGCCCAGUUGCCAGAGGUCCAGCUUGGUGACCUGAAGGGGAAGACUGGUGGUGUAGGCCUGAAAGGACACUUGCCCAGUGUGAAAAUGCCCCAAAUGCCCAAAGCAGAUAUCAAGGGGCCCAAAGUGGACAUCACCAUGCCCACUAUGGACGUGUCCCUGCCCAAGGGCAAAGGCGACAUCAAGAGCCCCGCAGUCCAGAUGGAAGGGGACAUUAAACUGGGAGAGAAGGAGGUGGAGGUGAAGGACAGCAAGUUGAAGAUGCCCAAAUUUAAGAUGCCAUCCUUUGGAGUGUCUGCCCCAGGCAAAGAAGGGACAGCUGCAGUGGAUGCAUCCCUGCCAAAGGCAGAAGUGGAUGUCACCCUUCCUUCUGUUGAGGUCGAGGUCAAGCCCAGAGACCUGACUGUUGAGGUGCCUUCAGUGGAUGUGGACGUCAAAGGCCUAGACAAUGAGACCAAAUUGCCAGAGGGAGAAGUUCAGCUUGGUGACCUGAAGGGAAAGACUGAGGGUUUAAGUCUCAAAGGUCAAUUGCCCAAAGUCCACAUGCCCAGCAUGAAAAUGCCCCAAAUGCCCAAAGCAGACAUCAAGGCUCCCCAAGUGGACAUCACCAUGCCCAGUCUGGACGUGUCCCUGCCCAAGGGCAAAGGCGACAUCAAGAGCCCCGAAGUCAAGAUGGAAGGGGACAUUAAACUGGGAGACAAGGAGGGGGAGGUGAAGGAAAGCAAGUUUAAGAUGCCCAAAUUUAAGAUGCCCUCCUUUGGAGUGUCUGCCCCAGGCAAAGAAGGGCAAGCCGCAGUGGAUGGGUCCCUGCCAAAGGCAGAGGUGGAUGUGACCCUUCCUUCUGUCCAGUCCGGUGACCUGAGUGUAGAGGUGCCCGCAGUGGAUGUGGAAAUCAAAGGGCUAGACAUUGAGACCAAGUUGCCAGAGGGAGAAGUUCAGCUUGGUGACCUGAAGGGGAAGAGUGGGGAUAUAAGUCUCAAAGGUCACUUGCCCAAAGUCCACAUGCCCAGCAUGAAAUUGCCCCAAAUGCCCAAAGCAGACAUCAAGGCUCCCCAAGUGGACAUCACCAGGCCCAGUCUGGACGUGUCCCUGCCCAAGGGCGAAGGUGAUAUCAAGAGCCCUGAAGUCGAGGUGGAAGGGGACAUUAAACUGGGAGACAAGGAGGUGGAGGCAAAGGACAGCAAGUUCAAGAUGCCCAAAUUUAAGAUGCCAUCUUUUGGUGGAGGCAAAGAGCUAGCAGCUUCAGUGGAUGUGUCCCUGCCAAAGGCAGAGGUGGAUGUGACCCUUCCUUCAGUGCAGUCUGGUGACCUGAGUGUGGAGGUGCCCUCAGUGGAUGUGGAAGUCAAAGGACUGGACACUGAGACCAAGUUGCCAGAGGGAGAAGUCCAGCUUGGUGACCUGAAGGGAAAGAUUGAGAGUGUAGUUCUCAAAAGUGACUUGCCCAAAGUCAACAUGGCCAGCAUGAAAAUGCCCCAAAUGGCCAAAGCAGACAUUAAGGGCCCCAAAGUGGACAUCACCAUGCCCAGUCUGGACGUGUCCCUGCCCAAGGGCGAAGGUGAUAUCAAGAGCCCCGAAAUCGAGGUGGAAGGGGACAUUAAACUGGGAGACAAGGAAGUGGAGGCAAAGGACAGCAAGUUCAAGAUGCCCAAAUUUAAGAUGCCAUCUUUUGGUGGAGGCAAAGAGCUAGCAGAUUCAGUGGAUGUGUCCCUGCCAAAGGCCGAGGUGGAUGUUACCCUUCCUUCUGUCCAGGCCGGCGAAUUGAGUGUAGAAGUUCCAUCAGCAGAAGUGGACAUCAAAGGGCUAGACAUUGAGACCCAGUUGCCAGAGGUCCAGCUUGGUGACCUGAAGGGGAAGACUAGUGGUGUAGGCCUGAAAGGACACUUGCCCAGCGUGAAAAUGCCCCAAAUGCCCAAAGCAGAUAUCAAGGCUCCUAAAGUGGACGUCACCAUGCCCAGUCUGGACAUAUCCUUGCCCAAAGGCAAAGGCGACAUCAGGAGCCCCAAAGUCGAGGUUGAAGGGGACAUUAAACUGGGAGAGAAGGAGGUGGAGGUAAAGGACAGUAAGUUCAAGAUGCCCAAAUUUAAGAUGCCGUCCUUUGGUGGAGGAAAAGAGGGGGCAGCUUCAGUGGAUGUGUCCCUGCCAAAGGCAGAGGUGGAUGUGACCCUUCCUUCUGUCCAGUCCGGUGACCUGAGUGUAGAGGUGCCUGCAGUAGAUGUGGAAAUCAAAGGGCUAGACAUUGAGACCAAGUUGCCAGAGGGAGAAGUUCAGCUUGGUGACCUGAAGGGAAAGACUGAGAGUGUAGGUCUCAAAGGUCACUUGCCCAAAGUCCACAUGUCCAGCAUGAAAUUGCCCCAAAUGCCCAAAACAGACAUCAAGGCUCCACAAGUGGACAUCACCAUGCCCAGUCUGGACAUGUCUCUGCCAAAAGCAGAGGUGGAUGUUACCCUUCCUUCUGUCCAGGCCGGCGAAUUGAGUGUAGAAGUUCCAUCAGCAGAAGUGGACAUCAAAGGGCUAGACAUUGAGGCCCAAUUGCCAGAGGUCCAGCUUGGUGACCUGAAGGGGAAGGCUGGUGGUGUAGGCCUGAAAGGACACUUGCCCAGCGUGAAAAUUCCCCAAAUGCCUAAAGCAGACAUCAAGGGGCCCAAAGUAGAUAUCACCAUGCCCAGUCUGGACAUGUCCCUGCCCAAGGGCAAAGGCGACAUUAAGAGCCCCAAAGUUGAGGUAGAAGGGGACAUUAAAGUGGGAGACAAGGAGGUGGAAGCAAAGGACAGCAAGUUCAAGAUGCCCAAAUUUAAGAUGCCGUCCUUUGGAGUGUCUGCGCCAGGCAAAGAAGGGAAAGCCGCAGUGGACGUGUCCCUGCCAAAGGCAGAAGUGGAUGUCACCCUUCCUUCUGUCGAGGUCAAGGUCAAGCCUGGAGAAGUGAGUGUGGAGGUGCCCUCAGUGGAUGUGGAUGUCAAAGGACUGGACAUUGAGACCAAAAUGCCAGAGGGAGAAGUUCAGCUUGGUGACCUGAAGGUGAAGAAUGGGGAUAUAAGUCUCAAAGGUCACUUGCCCACAGUCCACAUGCCCAGCAUGAAAAUGCCCCAAAUGCCCAAAGCAGACAUCAAGGCUCCCAAAGUGGACAUUACCAUGCCCAGUCUGGAGGUGUCCCUGCCCACAGGUAAAGGCAACAUCAAGAGCCCCAAAGUCGAGGUGGAAGGGGACAUUAAACUUGGAGACAAGGAGGUGGAGGUGAAAGACAGCAAGUUCAAGAUGCCCAAAUUUAAGAUGCCAUCCUUUGGUGGAGGCAAAGAGGGAGCAGCUUCAGUGGAUGUGUCCCUGCCAAAAACAGAGGUGGAUGUGACCCUUCCUUCUGUCCAGUCCAGCGACCUGAGUGUGGAGAUGCCCUCAGUGGAUGUGGAAGUCAAAGGCCUAGACAUUGAGGGCCAGUUGCCAGAAGGAGUUCAGCUUGGUGACCUGAAGGGGAAGAGUGGGAGUGUAGGUCUCAAAGGUCACUUGCCCACAGUCCACAUGCCCAGCAUGAAAAUGCCCCAAAUGCCCAAAGCAGACAUUAAGGGACCCAAAGUGGACAUCACUAUGCCCAGUCUGGACGUGUCCCUUCCCAAGGGCAAAGGUGACAUCAAGAGCCCUGAAGUUGAGAUGGAAGGGGACAUUAAACUGGGAGACAAAGAGGUGGAGGCAAAGGACAGCAAGUUCAAGAUGCCCAAAUUUAAGAUGCCCUCCUUUGGAGUGUUUGCCCCAGGCAAAGAAGGGAAAGCCGCAGUGGAUGUGUCUGUGCCAAAGGCAGAGGUAGAUGUGACCCUUCCUUCUGUCCAGUCCGGUGACCUGAGUGUAGAGGUACCCUCAGUGGAUGUGGAAGUCAAAGGCCUAGACAUUGAGGGCCAGGCGCCAGAGGGAGAAGUUCAGUUUGGUGACCUGAAGGGGAAGAGUGGGAGUGUAGGUCUCAAAGGUCACUUGCCCACAGUCCACAUGCACAGUGUGAAAAUGCCCCAAAUGCCCAAAGCAGACAUUAAGGGGCCCAAAAUGGACAUCAACAUACCCAGUCUGGACGUGUCCCUCCCCAAGGGCAAAGGCGAAAUCAAGAGCCCCGAAGUCCAGGUGGAAGGGGACAUUAAACUGGGAGACAAGGAGGUGGAGGUGAAGGGCAGCAAGUUCAAGAUGCCCAAAUUUAAGAUGUCAGCCUUUGGAGUAUCUGCUCCAGGCAAAAAGGGGGAGUCCUUGGUGGACGUGUCCCUGCCAGAGACAGAGGUGGAUGUCACCCUUCCUUCUGUCGAGGUUGAGGUCAAGCCCGACGACCUGAGUAUGGAGGUGCCUUCAGUGGAUGUCAAAGGACUGGACAUUCAGACCUAUUUGCCAGAGGGAGAAGUUCAGCUUGGUGACCGGAAGGGAAAGACUGAGGGUAUAAGUCUCAAAGGUCACUUACCCAAAGUCCACAUGCCCAGCGUGAAAAUGCCCCAAAUCCCCAAAGCAGAGAUCAAGACUCCCAAAGUGGACAUCACCAUGCCCAGUAUGGACGUGUCCCUGCCAAAGGCAGAGGUGGAUGUGACCCUUCAUUCAGUCCAGUCCGGUGACCUGAGUGUGGAGGUGCCCUCAGGGGAUGUGGAAGUUAAAGGACUGGACAUUGAGACCAAGUUGCCAGAGGGAGAAGUUCAGCUUGGUGACCAGAAGGGAAAGACCGAGGGUAUAAGUCUCAAAGGUCAUUUACCCAAAGUCCACAUGCCCAGUGUGAAAAUGCCCCAAAUGCCCAAAGCAGACAUCAAGGGGCCCAAAGUGGACAUCACCAUGCCUAGUCUGGAUGUGUCCCUCCCCAAGGCCAAAGGCGACAUCAAGAGCCCCGAAGUCGAGGUGGAAGGGGACAUUAAACUGGGAGACAAGGAGGUAGAGGUGAAGAGCAGCAAGUUCAAGAUGCCCAAAUUUAAGAUGCCAGCCUUUGGAGUGUCUGCUCCAGGCAAAAAGGGGGAGGCCUCAGUGGACGUGUCCCUGCCAAAGACAGAGAUGGAUGUCACUCUUCCUUCUGUCGAGGUCGAGGUCAAGCCCAGCGACCUGAGUGUGGAGGUGUCCUCAGUGGAUGUCAAAGGACUGGACAUUGAGACCACGUUGCCAGAGGGAGAAGUUCAGCUUGGUGACCAGAAGGGAAAGACUGAGGGUAUAAGUCUUAAAGGUCACUUACCCAAAGUCCACAUGCCCAGCAUGAAAAUGCCCCAAAUGCCCAAAGCAGACAUCAAAGGGCCCAAAGUGGACAUCACCAUGCCUAGUCUGGACGUGUCCCUCCCCAAGGCCAAAGGCGACAUCAAGAGCCCCGAAGUCGAGGUGGAAGGGGACAUUAAACUGGGAGACAAGGAGGUAGAGGUGAAGAGCAGCAAGUUCAAGAUGCCCAAAUUUAAGAUGCCAGCCUUUGGAGCGUCUGCUCCAGGCAAAAAGGGGGAGGCCUCGGUGGACGUGUCCCUGCCAAAGACAGAGAUGGAUGUCACCCUUCCUUCUGUCGAGGUCGAGGUCAAGCCCAGCGACCUGAGUGUGGAGGUGUCCUCAGUGGAUGUCAAAGGACUGGACAUUGAGACCACGUUGCCAGAGGGAGAAGUUCAGCUUGGUGACCAGAAGGGAAAGACUGAGGGUAUAAGUCUUAAAGGUCACUUACCCAAAGUCCACAUGCCCAGCAUGAAAAUGCCCCAAAUGCCCAAAGCAGACAUUAAGCCACCCAAAGUGGACAUCACCAUGCCUAGUCUGGACGUGUCCCUCCCCAAGGCCAAAGGCGACAUCAAGAGCCCAGAAGUCGAGGUGGAAGGGGACAUUAAACUGGGAGACAAGGAGGUGGAGGCGAAGGACAGCAAGUUCAAGAUACCCAAAUUUAAGAUGCCAUCCUUUGGAAUUUCUGCUCCAGAUAAAGAAGGGAAAGUCUCAGUGGACGUGUCCCUGCCACAGGCCGACGGGGAUGUGACCCUUGCUUCUGUCGAGGUCGACGUCAAGCCCGGCGACCUGAAUGUUGAGGUGCCCUCAUUGGAUGUGGAAGUCAAGGGACUAGACAUUGAGACCAAGUUGCAAGAGGGACAGGUCCAGCUUGGUGACUUGAAGGGGAAGAGUGGCAGUGUGAGUCUCAAAGGUCACUUGCCCAAAGUCCACAUGCCCAGCGUGAAAAUGCCCCAAAUGCCCAAAGUAGACAUCAAGGGGUCCAAAGUAGACAUCACCAUGCCCAGUUUGGACGUGUCCCUGCCCAAGGGCAAAGGCGACAUCAAGAGCCCAGAAGUUGAGGUGGAAGGGGACAUUAAACUGGGAGAUAAGGAGAUGGAGGUGAAGGACAGCAAAUUCAAGAUGCCCAAAUUUAAGAUGCCAUCCUUUGGAGUAUCUGCCCCAGGCAAAGAAGGAAAAGCCGCAGUGGACGCAUCCCUGCCAAAGGCAGAGGUGGAUGUCCUCCUUCCUUCUGUCCAGUCCGGUGACCUGAGUGUGGAGGUGCCCUCAGUGGAUGUGGAAGUAAAAGGACUAGACAUUGAGACCAAGUUGCCAGAGGGAGAAGUUCAGCUUGGUGACCUGAAGGGGAAGACUGGGAGUGUAGGUCUCAAAGGUCACUUGCCCAAAGUCCACAUGCCCAGUGUGAAAAUGCCCCAAAUGCCCAAAGCAGACAUUAAGGGCCCCAAAAUGGACAUCACCCUGCCCAAUCUGGACGUGUCCCUGCCCAAGGGCAAAGGUGAUGUCAAGAGCCCCGAAGUGCAAGUACAGGCAGUCAAAGUGGAAGGGGAAAUUAAACUGGGAGACAAGGAGGUAGAGGCAAAGGACAGCAAGUUUAAGAUGCCCAAAUUUAAGAUGCCAUCCUUUGGUGGAGGCAAAGAGGGGGCAGUCUCAGUCAACGUGUCUUUGCCAAAGGCAGAGGUGGAUGUCACCCUUCCUUCUGUCCAGUCCGGCGACCUGAGUGUGGAGGUGCCCUCAGUGGAUGUGGAAGUAAAAGGGCUAGACAUUGAGACCAAGUUGCUAGAGGAAGAAGUUCAGCUUGGUGACCUGAAGGGGAAGAGUGGCAUUGUAGAUCUGAAAGGUCACUUGCCCAAAGUCCACAUGCCCAGCAUGAAAAUGCCCCAAAUGCCCAAAGCAGACCUCAAGGGGCCCAAAGUAGACAUCACCAUGCCCAGUUUGGACGUGUCCCUGCCCAAGGGCAAAGGCGACAUCAAGAGCCCAGAAGUUGAGGUGGAAGGGGACAUUAAACUGGGAGACAAGGAGGUGGAGGUGAAGGACAGCAAAUUCAAGAUGCCCAAAUUUAAGAUGCCAUCGUUUGGAGUAUCUGUCCCAAGCAAAGAAGGGAAAGCCUCCAUGGACGUGUCCCUGCCAAAGGCAGAGGUGGAUGUCCCCCUUCCUUCUGUCCAGUCCGGUGACCUGAGUGUGGAGGUGCCCUCAGUGGAUGUGGAUGUGAAAGGACUAGACAUUGAGACCAAAUUGCCAGAGGGAGAAGUCCAGCUUGGUGACCUGAAGGGGAAGACUGGGAGUGUAGGUCUCAAAAGUGACUUGCCCAAAGUCCACAUGCCCAGUGUGAAAAUGCCCCAAAUGCCCAAAGCAGACAUUAAGGGCCCCAAAGUGGACAUCACCCUGCCCAGUCUGGACGUGUCCCUGCCCAAGGGCAAAGGUGAUGUCAAGAGCUCUGAAGUGCAAGUAGAGGUAGUCAAAGUGGAAGGGGACAUUAAACUGGGAGACAAGGAGGUCGAGGCAAAGGACAGCAAGUUUAAGAUGCCCAAAUUUAAGAUGCCAUCCUUUGGUGGAGGUAAAGAGGGGGCAGUCUCAGUCGACAUGUCUUUGCCAAAGGCAGAGGUGGAUGUGACUCUUCCUUCUGUCCAGGCCGGAGACCUGAGUGUGGAGGUGCCCUCAGUGGAUGUGGAAGUAAAAGGGCUAGACAUUGAGACCAAGUUGCCAGAGGAAGAAGUUCAGCUUGGUGACCUGAAGGGGAAGAGUGGCAGUGUAGAUUUCAAAGAUCACUUGCCUAAAGUCCACAUGCCCAGCAUGAAAAUGCCCCAAAUGCCUAAAGCAGACAUUAAGGCUCCUCAAGUCGAUAUCACCAUGCCCCAUCUGGACGUGUCCCUGCCCAAGGGCAAAGGCGACAUCAAGAGCCCCGAAAUCGAGGUCGAAGGGGACAUUAAACUGGGAGAUAAGGAGGUGGAGGUGAAGGACAGCAAGUUCAAGAUGCCCAAAUUUAAGAUGCCAUCCUUUGGAAUGUCUGCUCCAGGAAAAGAAAGGAAAGUCUCAGUGGACGUGUCCCUGCCGCAGGCAGAAGUGGAUGUCACCCUUCCUUCUGUCGAGGUCGAGGUCAAACCUGGCGACCUGAGUGUGGAAGUGCCCUCAGUGGAUGUGGACGUCAAAGGCCUAGACAUUGAGGGCCACUUGCCAAAGGGAGAAGCCCAGGUUGGUGACCGGAAGGAGCAGAGUGGUAGUGUAGGUCUCAAAGGUCACUUACCCAAAGUCCACAUGCCCAGCAUGAAAAUGCCCCAAAUGCCCAAAGCAGACAUUAAGGGGCCCAAAGUGGACAUCACCAUGCCUAGUCUGGACGUGUCCCUGCCCAAGGGCACAGUUGACAUCCAGGGCCCUCAGGUUGACAUGGAGGCAGUCAAGGUGGAAGGGGACAUUAAACUAGGAGAGAAGGAGGUGGAGAUAAAGGACAGCAAGUUCAAGAUGCCCAAAUUUAAGAUGCCUUCCUUUGGUUCCUCUCAUCGCAGGCUCCAUAAAUCAUCAGUUGAUACUCCUUCCUGUCAUGAACCUCUAGAUGUUUCUAAGUCUUCUCCUGCUUUUGUACAUAAGGAACCUGAAUUCUCUUCAGUUCUGCAGGAUGACCCUCUUCUUUGUGAUUCCAAUUUAAAAGUUGAAGGAAGCAGAAUGAAACUCCACAUGCCUAAAAUGAAUAUUCCUAGUACUGGAUUUUCUAAGGAUGACAGCAAAGUUUCCAAGACUAGUGCAACUGUUACUUGUUCUUCAGGAGAGACUAUUAUGUCUUCUGUUGACACAUCUCUUCCCAAUCUUCCUGCAACAGUCGGUGGUACCUCUGGUGACAUUUUCAGUUCUGAUAUUCCUGUCCCAGAAACUGAUACAAAGAAAUAUGACUUCAAAGUCCAGUUGCCUAAAAUUGCCUUUCCAGGGCACCAAUUUGAUGGGACUCUUAAGCCAACCGAUUUGAAAAUAUCCUCAAAGAGAUCUGAGUGUGCAGUCAAUCUUUGUGAAGGUGAGCUUCCGGAAGGUGAACUUCAUGUUGAUAUUGCAUCCUCUCAUUUAUCUGAUUCCCGUGAUGGAUAUUCACAGUUUUCUGGGGUUUCGCUUCCAGGUUUGAAUUUUACUAAGGUUAAUAUCAGUGGUCCCCACACUGAAUUUGGUAAAACCAGAGUGAAAGAGGACAUCACCCUCACAAAGUAUGAAGUCACUCUUCCUAUGUCAAAAUCCCAUGAUAUUCCUUCCCUCCCUCACUCUGAUACCAUCCCUAUUUUGGACAGACAUUCUAUUCAUCUGAAGUCAGAGGAAGAAGAGUCACAAAUCUCUGCUGGCACAUGGGAUGAAAGAGUAGAGCCUCUUUCUUAUGACCCAGAUGGAAUGAUUAAAUUUCCCAAGUUUUACAAACCAAAGUUUGGAGUUUCUGUUUCCAAGCCAUUAGAGAUCUCUCACCCUCAAGAACCUCCCAAUGUGGCAGCAGAAAUGACAGCCCAGGAAGAACCAAUCCUUUUCCCCAAGAAAGAAUUUAUGAUGUCAUCUGAGACUGUUAAAUCAUUCAUGCAUUUGAGCUCUGUCCAGACUUCUCUGGAGGGCUCUGACCAAAUGGCAGUAAGUGACAUCCAGGAUUCAAACAUAGCUCCUCAGACGGGGAAGGCAGAAGAAGUCAAGCCUGAAUGUACAGAAUCAGAAGGGAAAGAAGGCUUCUUCAAAAUGCCCAAGUUCAAGCUUCCCUCAUUUAGUUGGUCUCCUAAAAAAGAAGCAGCUUCAAAAGGAGCUCCAGGUUCUAAGCCAAGUGAUAUUUUAGACAAAGAACAAGUAGCUGCUGAUACGGAAAUUCACACCACAAGUGUAGAAACAGACAUGGAUGUGCCCACUGAGAAAGAGAGCCCCAAAGAAAAGAUUAAGAAGCCCCAUUUUAUGAUGCCAAAGAUUGGGCUUCCCAAAGCCAAGGGCUCUAAGGCAGGGAUUGGCCUGCAGAAGGAAGCUGAAGAACUCACCCAUUCUGAUGAUGCCCAUAUAGAGGAGGGCUCUAAGAAGGUUAUAGAUACAUCUAGUAAAAAAACGGUGCUUGAUACUAAAGUAUUUCAAAUUGUAGCCCCUACUGUCAUUAGACAGACUGAAUUACAAGUCACUGAAGGUCUUGCCCCAGGGAAGACAACUACUCAGGAGCCAUCAGGUGAUAAAGAGAGUGGCAAAGAGCAACUUUUCCUUCCAGUUGUUCAAGUGCCCAAACUUGGCUCUUCUGUUUCCCAAGUCAAGAGUCACAGCAUCCAUAUUUCUGUACCCAAACUGGAGACAGAUAUGUCCCAACCAUCUCCUACAGUAGAUAUAGAGACAGUAACCCUGGAAACAGAAACAUAUGCAGAUGUGCUAAAACGCAAUAUCGAUGAUAAAAGCUUAAAAUUGUGCCAGACUACAGCUGGGAUGUUGGAUUCAACAAUUUCCAUAUCUGAAGUCAGUGUCCCUUCUGGAGAAAACACAGUGUCCCUCCUGAUGCCCAGCCUGGGGUUUUCUACUAGUGAAAUCAAAGAUCCCAGACAAGAAACAGGUGAGACAGUGCUUCCCCAACAUGACAUGUCUAUGCCUAGACCACAAGCCAUUGCCAAAGGUGAAAAAGAUGUAGGUUUACCUGAGUCAGAAAUGUAUCUUCUCCCAACAGAAGGGCCCAUUAAACUCAAGACCUCAAGUACUGAAAUACCAUCUCAAGUUUCCAUGAUUGAAACAAGCCGAGUCUGGGAAGGCUCUGUAUUGACUGUUAAAUUUCCCAAAUUACAAAUACCUAAAUUUACCUUCCAAGCUCCCAACACAGAGGCUGACAUUUUCAUCCCCAAAGUGAGAGAAGUAAUGUGCCCUGAGACAGAUAUUGAGAUAGCAAUCCAUAAGGAAAGCCCAGAUGAAUGGAGUGCUAAAGUCCUCAAAGCAGUCUCUGAGAUUCCCCCUCAGCCAAGCCCUGAUCCAAUAAGGCCUCCAAAGGAUCUUGCCCUCUCUUCAGUAGCCUCUCCUAUUUCCAAGGUCAAAGUCCAUAUUCAGGGUGCCCACAUAGAAAGCCAAGAGGUCACCAUAGAAAGCCGAGUGACUUGUGAACAUGGUGAGCUCCCAAGAAGAGAGACCUUUUCUACUCAGAUUGUGAAAGGCUCUGAGAUCCCUCCAUCUGAUAUUCAGACACCUUCUUACGGGUUUUCCCUGCUGAAGGUGAAAAUCCCAGAGUCACAUGUUAAUCUGGAUGUGACAGGCAAGGAACAAGAAACCCUGGGGUAUACAAGUUCUACACUCGAGACACAAGACAUCUCAGAAGAGAGUUUGAGAAAAGAUGAAUUGGGAGUAGACACAGAUCUAUCACUGGAGGGUGAACUCCAGCCUGAAACAGGAGAACCAUAUGAAAUAAUUUCUUCUAGUGCCAGUUUGCCAAAACUGAAAACAUUUACAUUUGAAGUUCACUCUUCCCAUCAAUAUGUUGAUAGCUACUCUGAUGAGGAACCUGCAGAAAUCCUGGAAUUCCCCCCUGAAGACAGUCAUGACCAAAUAUCACCAGAUGAAGAAAAGGAGCAGAAAGUUCAAUCAGAAAGUAAGAAGUCUUCUGGUCUAUUUCGAUUUUGGCUUCCAAGCAUUGGGUUUUCUUCUUCUGUUGAUGAGGCAAAUUCCGACUCCAAAACUGAACUAUCAAAGUCAGUUCCAAUACAAACCCAGCCAGAAGCCAUGUCAGAUAUUGAACCUAAGAAACCCGAGAAAACAGGCUGGUUUCGAUUUCCCAAAUUGGGGUUCUCCUCUUCCCCAGCCAAGAAGAGUAAGAGUACUGAAGAGAGUGUGACAGAGCCCACCAAAUCAGGAUCACAGGAGGAAGCCGAGCAGACAGUAAUUUUCUUUGAUGCACAGGAAACGUUAUCUCCAGAGGAGAGAGAAGGUGGUGAGAGCAUCACUAGCACCACCAAUGAUGAUGCUCAAGAACCUGGUGCCCUAGUUACAUCUUCUGCAAGAACUGAAUUAAUCUUACUGGAGGAGGAAGGAAAAACUGCAGGAAAAACAGGUUCUGGGCAUGUGGCCAAAUGAAGGGCAAGGGUUUUCUUAGCCAUCCAAAGAGAAUAACAAACCAAAUCAAAAAGCUAAGCCAAUAAAAAGACCUAUCCUGACCACACUUCCUUCUACAUCAGCUCAGAAAACUGAAUGUGGAAAUCAAUAAGAAGCUUAUAUGGGGAUCCCUUUGCUGAACAUGACAGUGUCUUUUUUGAGUGUCUUUUUCCAGAGGCAAAUCUCACAUUCUUGAGGGAGGGAAGGCCUUCAGCUGUUCUGAACACCUUCCUGAGCAGUGUUU